GUCAGUCUGGUCGGAUCCACGGGGUACCUUGUUCUCUCGUUGUCAGUCGCGCUCUCUGCUGAAUUUCCCAACCAGCCACUAGAAAACCACCCCUCAGAAACGGACGGCGCUCUCGAACGCACUUCCGCUUAGUUUGGACCUUAGUGUGACUUUUCAUAUAAGAUCCGGUGCUAUCCGUGCUGUUCUAGACAGUUGAAAUCCAGCGGUGAAGCAAGCUACAAGUUCGUGAUUUGUCAAUUACCUCGUGUGUGUACGUGUGUGCGGCGCAAUCCAACGUUGUCCAGUGUGCGCAGUGUUUCCGUUUGGUGGACACAUCCAAGCGGUUAUUCGACUGUGAAAUUUGAAGUUGAUUUGAGAUUGAUUGGACCGCAGGUUUUAUUCAAUCCGAUAGGCGUAAUCGGUCAAAGACCCAGCAUAUUUGCGAAUACACGAGGAAGAAAAACUCAACUUGAGGAACGACACUGUCGACGGUUCGGAUCCUGCACCCUCCGGACACAGUUUUUUCUGUGUAACUUUUUGUUCUUCUUUCCAAGUGCAAGCACUUUGCAAGAAAAGUGCUGAAGUUGUGCCGUGAAAUGAGAAAUAUAUGAGAAAAAAUUGCUUCAAUCACAAAAAAAUCCGUACACCCGGUGAAAAAAGAAAAGUGAACAGUUAAGUGCAAAGACCACCGAACAAGAACAGCACAGUCAGUCAGUGGGUCGAAUAAGCAAUAAAAACGCGUACCCAACCACGUCAGUCGCCUGCCUGACAGUCGGUGUUCACAGAAGUCGCUCCGUAAGCCCGAUAUAUUUCAUCAGUUUUGUAUCACACGUGCUUGACCCGCAAAAAAAGUGUGAUCUUCGUACGUCGACUGCGGUGCAGCGCUGUCUCGUGGAAAUUGUAGGAUUGUAUUUGGUUAAAGAAAAUAAAAAAUUAAAAAAAAAAACAAAGUGCAACGAAAAGACCCGCAAUCGCAAUGACCGUUGCAACGUUUCAAGAUGUGCUGAACCAGUCCGCACCGUUGGAUGCGGUCGAACUACAGUCCAGCCAGGGUGGCGGCGGCGGUGGCGGAGGCGGUGGCAGUGCCUCGAUAACCGUACCGACCCUGGAGGCAACCGCCAGUCCGGCGCAGGUCGAACGAACGCUGACAGAGAUCCAGCAGUUCUACGACCGGUGCAACGUUUUCAUCACUGGCGGAACUGGAUUUCUGGGAAAAACACUCAUUUACAAACUGCUGACCAGCUGCCCGGGAGUUGAAAACAUCUUCCUGCUGAUCCGAAGUAAACGAGGAAAGGAUAUUUUUUCCCGUGCAGAAGAAAUUUUCGAAGAUGCCAUGUUUGACAAAAUGAAACUAGCCUGCCCCAAAUACGACCACAAAAUCAGACCCAUCGCCGGGGAUUGUAUGCUGCCCAACCUGGGGAUCAGCUCGUCAGACCGAGAACUUCUGCUCGAAAAUGUAAAUAUCGUGUUCCAUCUGGCCGCCACGGUGCGAUUCGACGAGAAGAUGAAAACCGCCAUGCAGAUCAACGUGAAAGCCUGCCGGGACAUCCUGGAUCUGUGCUACGAGAUGAAACAUCUCAAAUCGAUCAUCUACGUGUCCACCGCCUACACGCAGUGCCCCCAGAAGGAGGUAGAUGAACGGUUCUACGAUCCGCCGAUCGAUUCCAAGAAAAUGAUCAGCCUCACCGACUGUGUUAGCGAUACAAUGAUGGAAAACAUCACGCCAAUCUUGCUGGACAAGUGGCCGAAUACCUACACAUUUACGAAGGCAAUCGCCGAGGACGUGGUGCGACAGAACAGCAGGGGUAUGCCGAUCGGCAUGUUUCGACCGGGUAUCGUCAUCGCCACAUACCAGGAACCGGUGCCGGGAUGGAUCGAUAAUUUUUACGGUCCAACAGGAGUGAUUGCUGGUGCUGGAACGGGUGUGCUUAGAACACUACGAGCGGAUCCAUCCAAAGUGGCCAACAUGGUGCCGGUGGAUCUAUGUGUCAAUGGAAUUAUCUCCGCCGCCUGGGACAUUGCCGAACGAUUCCAAAAAGAAAUCAUGCCCGACCCGGAAAUUCCAGUAUACAAUUUCUGCACGGAAAAGUGCAACUGCAUCACUUGGAAUGACUUUACCUAUACCACCAUCAAGUUCGGUUCGAUGUACCCCACGAUGAAAUCGAUCUGGUACCUGUGCUACUAUAACAAUCCUAAUAGAUUCAUGCACUUCCUGGCAGUGUUGUUCCUGCACUACGCGCCAGCGAUAUUUUUCGACGUGAUCGCACUUUUCAUCGGACGGAAGCCACGGCUGAUGCGCACUUACAAGAAAAUCCACCGCUUCAUGGAUGUGAUCGAGUACUUUUCCAUGCGCCAGUGGGAAUUCAAAAUGGAGAACAAAAAUGCACUGUGGCAAAAAUUGUCUCUGGCUGAUCAGAAGGAAUUCUUUUUCGACAUGCGUCAAAUAAACUGGGACUUCUUCCUGGAGCAGUACUUCUGCGGCAUUCGACAGUACCUGAUGAAAGAUCCGCUCGAUACCGUUCCGGAGGCUCUCGUCCGGUGGAAUCGUCUAUACUGGCUGCACCAAGCCGUCAAGGUGAUUGUGCUUCUAGUGGUGUAUAAGUUGGUAGCAACGGUUUGGGGCUUUAUUUUUAGCUAAAUAAGGAAUUCAUCGACGAUCCUGGCAACUUCGAAGGAUCGUGCGUCAUGCAUUUCAUUGAAAACUUUCCAACACACCAUCACACGGACAAAUCAAAGCCAUCACACCACCUUCACCGAGAUAAAUAAUCAAAGAUCCAUUCGAUAGCUUUAGUACCUUUCAUUCGUUCUAAGUUAUAGCAAGGUUUUGCGUGCCGGUGCAUGCUAUGAGAGAGCCCACAUUCAUCAUUCGGGAGCAAUAUCGUUCUAAGAAUUUUAUACAUUAAAACCAAUUUGGUGUGAAGCUGUUUUUUGUUAUUGUUUCAUAGCAGGUUUUUCGUUUCCAAAUUGAGAUAGUAAUAUAUGUAUGUUCAUAUCAUUCCAUAACGUUACAGUAAGCACAAGGCAUAUUGUAAUUUGGAAACCGAAAGCAUCUACACAAGUUAACAUUUAUUACCAUGUUUCGAUUCCUUAAUCUAAAUAAAUAUGUGUCUCAAAAUCGAACAAAUGUGAAAUACAACGGUACGGUGAAGAAUUUCAUUGUGUUAGCUUAUAGCAAAAAAAGGAUCGUUUCAGAUUUUGAACGAUUGAUUUUUGUAAUGUGUAAAAUAAAAAAAAGAUUAAUAAAGAUUAUUUACAUA